CCCGAGGAGGCCCCAGCUGCGCCUGAAAAGACGCUUGUCGCGGAUAAGCUUGCGGCGCCAAAGGUUGGUUCCUCCAAAGAGAGAAAUGUGUUCUACAUCAAAUCCACCGUCACGGAUCCAAUCGUGGAGUCGGAUGGCCAGCAUAAGUUCAUGGCCUACUUGAUAGAAACCACAACCAACAACCCUUCGUUCAAGAAACCACAAUUCUCGAUCCGCCGCCGGUACUCUGACUUUGAGUUCUUGUUCCAUUGUCUCCUGAGCGACUUUCCCACCAGCCUCGUUCCACCGUUGCCCGAAAAACACAGCUUCCAGUACCUCAAAGGCGAGACCACGCGUCUCGGCGAGUCCUUCACUGCCAAGCGGUGCCACUCGUUGGAUAAGUUCUUGGCAAGAAUCCUUAACCACCCGGUGUUAAGCCAGUCCCGGGUGUUGUAUGUGUUCUUAGAGAGCGCCGACUGGGUCACGUACAAGAAGAACUUGAACAUUGUGGCCAGCGACGAGUCUCUCAGUCAGAGUGCGGUGGACACGUUGACAGAGACUCUCAUGAAUGCGUUCAAGCGCACAGAGGAGACCAAUGAGGAUAUCUUGCUAAUCCACGAAAAGCUCAACAAGUUGAAUGAUAACUUGUCCAAGAUAGAAAAGAUCUUUGGGAAGGUGUCGCAGAAACACGAACUCCUCUCCCUGAGCUAUCUGUCGUUCCACAAGAACCUCACCAAGAUGAUAGGAUCCGGCAUUGAGGAGAACUUGACUCUGGAGUUUACCAUAUUUAACCAGGGGAUCAAGUCGUACAGUGAAAACUUGGCAUCCUACGCGCAAUAUCUCGAGCAGAACUUCAUUGUUGAUUUGAAAGACUUGAUUGCGUUGAUCAUCAACUUCAAACGACUCUUGAAGACGAAGCAGGACCGCAAGCUUGACUUGGAGCUGCUUAUCGGGUACCUCAGCGACUACAAAUACGAAAAAAACAAGCUCAUAACGCAGUCCGCGAGCUCCCACUCCCCCAUGGGUGCGAUUCGAAACAAGCUCGAGGAUCUCAAGGGUGUCAACCACGAGCAGGCACGCAUCGCACGCAUCAACAAGUUGGAGGACAAGAUCAAGCAGCUCGAGACUGAGAUUACGACCCAGGAAAAGCUUCUUGCCGAGUUUGAAAAGAACCUCAUGAAGGAGUGGGAGUACUUCGAGAAGGUCAAAGUCCGCGAAUUGAAGGGGAGCUUGUUGGCCUUGUGCCAGUUUAACAUCGACUUCUAUCUGGGAGCCAUCGGCGACUUCAAGGCAAUAGAAACAAAGUUGUAUGCCAAGUAUCAGGGAAUAAAUGAUCUGGUAGAGGCGGAGACGCCGCUGGUGAAGGAACCUUGAUGCAAUGAAUGCUUAUACUUAUAAGGCGCCACCAUAUAACUAGUGUUAUAGGAAGUUUUGUCCCUAGCUUAUAUCCUAGAUGUCAUUGCGUGUAUAUUUGGUCUGACCUGCUUUGGGGAUAAUUUAUGACGUCACCUAAUUUGGGAGUAUCCCCAUUAAAGGAUUAUUAAUAUAUGCUACAUCUGCUUGUAAACCUUGGGAAGUGGGGACUUUCGCUUAACCCUGGCAUACCCAAAUCAUAGAUCAAUCGUUGUUCUCCCUUGCAUG